AUGGUUCUCACCAGAAUAGUCAGCGGUUGCCCAAGCCACGAAGCCGGUAAUGCUGCGAUGGCAAACGGUUUGACUCUCGCUGUCGGGCCAAAGAAACCAAGCAACUCGCUCCAGCUCCAAUUGCACCCGUUCUCGUCAGAACAUGAGAGGGGAGGCUUGAUUGUCAAGAUCCAGCCGCCGAGGGAGCCCGAGAACGCCGACCUCCACCAUGUUCCUUGCGACCUUGUGUUGUCCAUCGACAUCUCCGGUAGUAUGGCAGAUGAGGCCCCCGCGCCUUCAAAGCCCGGAGGGGAGGCGGGCGAGGAUACUGGCUUGAGGGUUAUUGACCUCGUCAAACACGCGGCUCGAACUAUCGUGGCGACGUUGGAUUCCAGAGAUCGCCUGGGCAUUGUCACAUUUACAAACCGAUCCAAGGUGGGGAUCCCGCCAUACGAGAACAAAGCCAAGACCCUUGAGAAUAUCGAGAGUAUGGAACCGUUUAGCUCCACGAACAUGUGGCACGGCAUCCGCGAUGGUCUCAGCUUGUUCUCGGAGGCCGAAGGCGGCUCAACCGGCAGAGUACCCGCCCUGCUGGUCCUGACAGACGGCAUGCCGAAUUACAUGUGUCCCCCGAAGGGAUAUGUUCCCAUGCUGCGAAGCAUGGAGCCACUGCCGGCCACCAUCCACACUUUUGGUUUCGGCUAUGAACUUAGGUCGGGGCUGCUGAAGUCGAUUGCUGAGGUCGGCGGCGGCAACUACUCCUUCAUUCCCGACGCUGGCAUGCUUGGUACUGUCUUUAUCCAUGCUGUUGCUCAUCUCCAGUCGACCUUUGCCAACAACGCCAAGCUGCGCCUCACAUAUCCGAGUUAUCUCAAACUCGAGGAGAUGACAGGGGAGGCAGUCGGCAGGCAAGAGCCGGUUGAGCUGGAAGGCGACGUCCCGGAGUCCAUGACCUCGUUGACCAUUCCCAUCGACAACAUCCAGUAUGGCCAAUCUCGUGAUAUCUGCCUCCGCUAUGGCAACCUCGCAGCAGCUAUCCAAAAAGAGGGCGGAGCUAAUCCGCCCCCCGCCAUCACGGCCGUUCUCGAGUACCAGCACUUCAGCCCGACUGUUCACCAAGCCGUCGCCCAGCAAAGCCCUUUCGCUUCUACCCCAUCACUCCACCCCGACGAGAUCGCCUACCACCUCUCCCGGGCCGCUCUCAUCGCCUUUUUCGCAACCUUCUCCCCCCUCAACGUCCAAUACGAGCACGAGCCCCUCGGAAGCUUACCCACAAACAGCACCAAACUCCUCCAAUCCCUCGUCGACUCCCUACCAGCCUCCCCCAAAUUCACCACCACCAUAGGCGGCUACGCAGGCUGCCGCUCACUCCUCAUCGACAUCUGCGGCGCCCCGGUCCCCACCACCAACCCGUCCUCCUGGACAGGCCAAGUCGCGCUGGCGCUGCUCGACCCGACCUUCUACCGGCGCUGGGGGCGGCACUACCUGGCAUCACUCGCGGGCGCCCACGCCCGGCAGGUGUGCAACUCGUUCAAGGACGCGGGGCCCCUGCAGUACGGCGUCGACAGCCCCCUCUUCCAGCGCUGCCGCGACCGCCUCGACAAGGCCUUCGACAGCCUGCCGCCCCCCGUGCCGCCUGUCCGUGCCAGCCGGCGGAAUGGCCGGAACCAGAACGCGCAUACCGUGCGCGCGCCCGUGUCGAUGGCGAGGUAUAAUAAUGCGGGGAAUGGCUGCUUUGCCGGGUGCUCGCCCGUUUUGCUGGCCGGCGGGAAGGGGCUGGUCAGGAUUAACCGGUUGCGGGCGGGGAUGGAGGUCGUUACCCCCUGCGGGCCGCGGAAGGUGGCGGCUGUGUUGAGGAUGCCCGUGCGGAGGGUCGAGAUGUGUCUUGUUGCUGCUGCCGCGGGGCCGUCCGGGAAGGGGAAGAGCCGCUUGCUGGUCACGCCGUGGCACCCCGUGGAGCUGCACCAGGGCGGCAAGUGGGUGUUCCCCAGGGAUCACGCUGCGAGGUCGGUCCGGUACACUGGUGCUGUGUACUCGGUGUUGCUGGAGCGGGAUGAGGAGCCUGACGCGCACGCUAUCUUGGUUGGGGGCGUGUGGGGGGUUACGAUGGGCCAUGGCUUGACUACGCAGGUGUUGGGUAGGCGGUAUGAUGUGAGGGUGCACGAGUUCUAUGGGGCCUAUGAUACGGUUAGUAAGGCGCUGGCGAGACUGCCUCAGCGAGCGGGCGGGGUGGCUAUGGGAGCGGGCUUGACGAGGGACCCGGUGACUGGGAAGGUCAUUGGAUUCAGUGCGGUCAAGCCGGAGGAAGUGAAGGCGUUGGGUAUGAGACAGCAGGGGCGCGGCGUGUUUGCCUGA